AGAUCGACUUUGAACAAAGGUUUCUCUCUGGCUCGUUCUGUGGCUCGUUGAUAUCUCAGAAGGUAGGGCUUUUUGCAGAUCGACGAAGAAGACUUCGACGAAGAUCAGAACGAAGAAGAAGAGAACAACGAAAGAACAAAGAAGACGAAUCGAGACGACCACGACUGGAGAUCGAAACCCUAACCCGCAAGAGGUGAUCGAUUUUUUUCCCCUUUUACGUUUUGGCGGGAAAAUGAUGCGAGUUCUGCAUAAGUUUGUUUCAGAAUCUCUCUUUCUUUCUCUCUCUCUGGUGAGUACAAAAAUGGAAGGCAGUGAAAGCGAAGCGGUCUUCGAUGCGCUAAACCUCAACCCCCAGCUUUUCAUCAACGAGGCCGUCAAUUGUGUCCGCGACAUGGUCGAUGAUGCUUUCGACUACUAUCAUCAGAACUCCUCGGAGAUGUUGAAAAUCGAGGAAGGCACAGAAAGGUCCCAAGAUAUAAGCGAAGGUGUUGCUUACCUCCGGGAAAUGGUGCACUCAGCACUGGAUAAGCCAAUGGCGCGGUGGGAGAACUAUUGUCUGCGGCAAUGUUUUGUUGUCCCAGAAGGAUUCUCACUGCCCAAAGCUAAUGAAUUUGCUGGCGAUAGUCCUAUGGAUCUUGAUAUUUCAAGUGAUCAAGAGCUUGAUGCGCAGUUGGACAAACUGAGGAAUCAGCUUGCAUUGCUUGGAAAGGAGAAUUCUGAGCUGGACAAAGAGCGUAGAGCACUGGAAAGACAGUCUCUUUUAAGUAAUCGUUAUGCUGGAUCCGUGAAUGAAGCAUUGCAGUUAUAUGAGCAACACUCUGUGCAUGACAUGUUCCAAGAGUUGACCAAAACUGCAUCAGAGCUUCGCAAGAAAAUGGAGCAACAGAAACCCAAGAAGUUGGAGCAGAGUGAACGCAUUAGAAGAGAGAGAAUGCAUAUUCCAACUGGAGAGCUUCCUACUAAUCGUAGCAAUGGCCUCUUCAAGGUGGCAUUGGAAGAGCUUCAAGAAUUUAACGCUACCAUAAAGAAUGUGUGAGUAUUUUCUGUUGUGUUAUCUGGCCCAAUGCUGUAAAGGAGUCCUGAGUCUUUUCUAUGAAACUAGUGUGAACGUAGCUUAUAAUCUAUUGCAUUUCUUGUCCCGUUUCUAGAA